AGCGGGGCCUACUUUAUGUCUCACCAAUCGUAUAGUACUUCUUCGCGGCCGCAGUCGGCGGAUUGUGGUGCGGCUCACAAGAGGAACUUCUGUAGCGGGUUACCAUGCAAGCUUAUCGCCGUCGAAGUGUAUGACAGUGUGUACCAGUCCUCCUAUUUUUCAUUUGUCACGCAAAAGCCCUUGAGCACUAUUUUGCAUGACAAUUUGCAGCAGCCCAAAUCGCACCACCGUCAUGCAGACGCUACAUUUCUGGCCCUUUUGUGAUGCUGCUCAUGCCGUGCAAAUGAGGGGAAAAGGGAGAGUUGUGCACUCUCAUAAAGUGCCAAGCUGUGCUACUACGACGCCGGGGUUUUAUUGCAAUACUACGCGGACUACUGGACCAGGUGGUUGCGAUGAUGCAGCAGUAGAGAUACACUCUGUAGUUGAUGUGGACCCGGCCGCGGGGCACUACCAGAGAAAGAAGGAGCACGUAGAAAAUUGCAGCGACGUUCCACAAGAACUGCUACGUCCCCAAUCCGCUGCCGCAAAAUUGAUCAACAACAUUCGUGAAAAAUCGGUCGGUUCUGCGUUGGACGGGGAAAAUGAAAAUUCUACCUCGCGGCCUUCCUCACCGACGUUCUCCAACUUCGUCAUUUCACAGCAGAUGAUGGCGGGAUUAGCUACAACAAACAGGGAUGAUUUUUAUCCUGCGGAUAAAAAUUCCCAUACAGCAUCUUCAGCAGGCGACGAUAGAAGUUCUUGUCCAGCAGCUCCAUUGAAAACACAACAACAACACGACCAUCCCCUCUGGACCGACCUGCAACCCGUGUUGCUGAAAGGGCAGAUUUGCUGUUCCACCCCGCGGUUCGCAGGAAGUCCAGCUUCGACCAGCGAGAAACAAGAGUCCAAAAAUGGGACGACGAACAACAGUAGCGCAAUGACGCCGAAUUUUGAGAGCGCAAGCGACGCUCUUGUUCUUUCUCGGUCGACCACGCCAUUGUCGUCCGUGAACGGGGGGCUUUCUUCCCAGGUAGACGCGGUUUUUCACGCUGGAAGCGGAAUAAAUCAGGUUGAGGAAAGAACGGAUGGGCACUACCAGGAGAAAAGGUCUACGGGAAUAAUUUUGGGGAACGACGUGAGUACGAAGUUGAACGACUCGGAGCCUUUGCAACAAGAAGACAACGACGGUGCUAGUGUGAAGCAGGAACAAGAUUGCACGAACAAGGCUUUCUGGAAGGUGAAUCCGCCGCGCGGCGGCCAGGUGCUGAGCCGUCCGAGUACAGCGACUGGCUCAACAUCCUCUGUUGUGGUUCGAAGCGGAAAUAGGAAAAUCAAUGCGUCGAAAAUAUCUUCAAAUAGGGAUAAUAAUAGAGACCACUACAACUCGCUGCUGCUAGCGGCAACAGUCCAGCGGAUCAUUCCAAUGCCGCGGGUGGUGGAACAACCGCGGAAUCAUGGCGGAGGUUCGAGUACUACUGUUUCAGUUUCUGACGAGCAGGCAAAGUCAAAUUCAAAACGAUAUCAGGGAAAGCAAGCUCAGUCUUUUGCAACCGAAGACAGUAGAAAUGCAAUGACGAUCGGAAGCUGUGUUGGGACUUCUACAGUGCUUUUCGAGCAUAAGAACCACGAUUGUAAAAAGAAACAGCCCCUUGUCAACAGCACGGGUUGUAGCAGUGGUAGCAGUGGCGCUCCUGUUUCAUCAAGUUCAACGCCGACGCGUAAUCCGGUUGUGACACCGCCCCCGGGUUGUAAGAAGAUGAACAGUACUAGUCGUACGAAAACCUCUACAGCUGCACCAGCGCACAAUAAACGCGUAUACCAGACCGCGAUGCAGGGCCAGAAGGUGGAUAUUUCGUUUCUCGUGCAGAGGAACGCGCAACAGCAGGAAGUAGUGCGGGACCACAUGCGCGGAGCGGGUGGUGCUGUUGGUGUUCUCUCAGGGCCGUCUGUAGCGGAUGACAGAGUUGAUGAACAACAACCCGGGUCGCCAGCGCAAGGGGACUGUCGAGAAGACGACGACCUGGCCUUUACGUUUCAAGAAAUUUGAGUAGUAUUUACGAUAAUGUGAGAGUAUCGAUCAUUUGAUUUUUGCUUUGCGUUUCACUUUUAUAAUCACGGCAUAUUUCAGAUUCAUUUCCAGUAUCUGUUUUUGUCAUUUGAAAAAUUUAUGAUUAAAGAUUUCCGAUUCGCUCAACAAUUACAAAUCACUUAUAUGGAAAUUCUGAUUUUCGACCUCUUUUCGUUUCAUUAUUUGAUAGCUGGACGGCUUCUUGCACACCAUUUUGUCGAAAUAGUGAUCGACUGUACACCAUUGGAGACACAGUUUUACCUUGAAAAUGCAUUUUCUG